AUGUCUGGUCCUGGCUGGAGAUUGUGGGAUCUUUUCCGCAUUUCCAAACCUUCGUCACAAACGACCGACAAAGGGACAACCAUCCUUGGCCCAGAUAUCAGCAAUCUUUCAACGUCAAAAGCCAAGUCGAAGACGGAUGAAUUUGGCUUUCUCGAACUCGCGUCGGGGACGGAUCCUAUCGUUGACAUUGUCGCCAUCCAUGGCUUGGAUGGCCACAGAGAGAAGACAUGGACGGCGGAGAGUGGCGUCUUGUGGCUUCGAGACCUCUUACCAGCUGACAUACCCAACGCCCGAAUCCUUGUGUAUGGCUACGACGCUGAUACUCGCAGUCGGGAGUGUGUCUCAACACAGACGAUAUAUCAACAUGCGGACAAGUUUGUCAAGUCCCUCUUACGGCAGCGUAGUGAUAUUCCACGUAGACCAAUCAUUUUCGUUGCGCACAGUUUGGGAGGCAUAGUCCUUAAACAGGCACUCGUCCUUUGUCACAACCAGAGCAGGGGUUCGACAAAUCCACUGCGGAAUAUAUUGGUGUCUACUCAUGCCGUUCUUUUCUUCGGAACACCUCAUUCAGGGGUGAAAGGCGUCGAGCUUUUGCGCACCAUAAACCGGCUUUUGUCAAUAUACCUGAGGACAACAGAUUCUAUCCUCCAGCAUCUCAUGGAACACUCGGCAGCGCUGGAGAACAUACAGAAUCUAUACGUUUCGGCGAGCGAGGAGAUUGAAACUGUUCUAUUUUACGAAGUGUAUGAGACGCCAAUCAUUGGCGGUAAAAGGCAAAUGAUUGUACCACGUCAUUCGGCAACAGCUGGCGGAGAUCGACAUGCGACUGAAGAGGCACUGGACGCUGACCACUGUGAAAUGGUCAAGUUCACCAGCAGAAAGCAGACAAAUUAUUCGACCAUUCUUUCAUACAUCAAGAUGCAUGUCGAAGGGGCUAUGACUGCAGUGACAAAAAAAUGGGCAACAGAGGACGCUCAUCGAGCCGUAGAUGAUCAGUCGUCGCAUGAGGCCGUAUUACUAAAACCUCGACUCGUCGUGUCGCGGAACUACGUCGAUAGACCGGAAAUUCAAUCCCUCAUCACGCAGAAUCUGCUCCCAGAUAGUCAUACGCGUCAUCAGCCGCGGUGCAUAUUGCACGGGAUCGGUGGGGCGGGCAAAACUCAGCUGGCCAUGAAUUGGAUUCGGGAUCACGAAAGCCGGUUCACUCGGGUUAUUAUCAUAGAUGCUUCCAGUCAAACCCAGUUGGAAAAAGACUUGGAGACCUCGAUCCGCGUAUUAGGCCCAGCGUACAGCGAGAUGACCUGGAAUGAUGCGGUUGCAUACCUGGAUGGAAAAGCAAAAGGCUGGUUGCUGUUCUUCGACAACGCCGACUCUCCAGAUCUCGACCUUCGCCCAUACCUCCCUGUUUCCACUCAUGGAGCAGUUUUGAUCACCACUCGAAAUGGUGAAUGCGCCAACUACGCUCCAGAUGGCGCAGUUCUUGUCGGUGAUCUGGAGGAGAACGAGGCGAUCGAGCUCCUUCAUAGAAUGGCUAACGUCACACCUCAAGAUGACGCCCAGUCGCUCAAGAUUGUCAGAGAGUUGGGGAUGCUAGCGCUCGCCGUCACUCAGGCAGGGGCAUAUAUUCGCAAGACACGGCGCCUCGAUGCGUACCUCGACACGUUUCGUAAACAUCGAGAUCGCCUUAUGCGCCAGAAGCCAGACAUCGGCAGCGAGUACACAUACUCGACCUAUACCGCGUUCGACCUCUCCUUCAACUACCUCCCCGAAAAGACACAAGAAUUCCUGAAGCUCUGUGCAUUUCUUCAUCCCUCACUCAUUCCCAUUACUCUCUUUGAAGAGUCAACAAUGAACAGUUUCACGACAUAUACUGUCUUGGAAAGCUGUCCUCCCCCGGAGAGUGACAAGGAGUUCGCGUCCAAGCUCGAGGAGACUUUAGGCUCGAUGUGGGACGAAAUCGAGUUCCAGGAACUUAUUGAUUCUGCCUCUCGCGCCUCGUUUAUCGAGGUUUCGAUCGAUGGGUUAUUCUAUAGCAUUCAUUCCCUCUUCCAAGUGUAUAUCAGGGACCGCAUGGGAGAAGGAAAUGCCCAGCAGCAUACAAACAUAACCGCGCAACUCGUACUCGGUUCGAUCCGGCCCCACGAGGGCAGUAAUGCACGGCUUUGGCAUCUGCUCCCCCAUGCCAACGCCAUACCUCGAUCCGUGCAACUUGGAAAUGCGGCGCACGCGUUGGCCUUUCACGAGCUGUACAAGGCUUUGGGUGACUGGGAGUCGUGUCGAGAGCUGCUAGAGUUUGCCCUCGGGCAGCUUCGACAGGAUAAAGGUGAAAAGCACGAAGACACGAUAUGGAUCAUGAGCUCGCUUUCUAUCGCGUUAGAUGGGUGCGGUGAAUUCGACGAGAUGGAAAAGUUGGAGCUCGCAGUGCUGAAACUCCGCCUGGAGACGCUAGGAGAAGCGCAUCCGGACACCAUCAUGGCAAUGGCCAAUUUAGCCACGACUUUGCGGCACAGAGGUCGGUUGAAGGAAGCGGAAGACAUAGAACGAAUUGUACUAGCUCGACGCCUGGAGAUUGGUGGAGAACGGCAUCCAGAAACAAUAUUGGCCAGAAAUAACCUCGCAACCACCUUGAGUGAGCUCGGCCAAUUGGACGACGCGGAAGAAAUGUAUAAAGAUAUACUCACUUGGCAGAUCGAGACGUUAGGUCGACAGCAUGCAGACACUAUUAUAACAAUGAACAACCUUGCUGUUACAUUGCAACGCCUCGGUCAGCUGGAGGAGGCGGAGGCAAUGCAACGACAAGUGCUUGCCCUGCAGAUCGAUGCCCUUGGCGAAAGGCAUCCCGAAACUAUCAAUGCAAAGAGCAACCUCGCCUUGACAAUCUGGGAUCGUGAUCGAUUUGACGAGGCGGAAGAAAUGCAACGGGAGAUACUCGCCCUGCAGCUCGAGCUACGUGGAGAGGAACAUCCAGAUACGUUGGUAGCAGAAAGCAACCUUGCCAUCACAUUGUACAGCAGUGGUCAGAUGGCCGAGGCAGAAAAGUUGCAACGAAAGGUCCUCGCUCUGCGACUUGAGCUCCUGGGUCGAGAGCAUCCAGACACGCUUGACGCCUCACAAAACUUAUCCCUUACAUUGUGUCACUCUGGUCAGCAGGAAGAAGGCAUCAAGCUCCUACAAGAGACCACAGAACUGCGCAUCGAGGUCCUGGGUGACGACCAUCCUCGUACUAUGGAAGCGAAAGAAGUUCUCCAACUCAUGCAGCCUAAGCGACUUGGUGGCUCUCGUCGUCGCCUUCAAUCUCAAUCCGCCAUUAGCUUACCUAAUACAACAAGAAGCGUUGGAGCAAACAAGCGCAAGCACGAGGAUACGGAGACCAUGCCAGACGUUCGGGAGCCUCGCACGAAGCGCACCAGCAAGCGAGUUGCUAACAAUAGGAGGAAGGCAAAAUAA